CUCGCCGACGGGGAAACGGAUGCGGAAGUGAGCGGGUUCCGGAGCCGGGAGAUGGAGUCCGGGCAGCAGCAGCAGAGGCCGUUGUGGCGCGGCUUGGGGCUCCUCGGGGGAGGCGGCGAGGGCCCCGGCCUGGGCUGCGAGCGGAGGCUGUUGUGGGCCGCGUCCUUGCUCUGCGUCCUGCUGGACCUCCAGUUGCCAGGUUUGCUGGCUGCUGGGCAGGCGGAGAUUGAAAACCACCUGGAAAUGGGGCGGAAGCUGUUGGCGGCUGGACAGUUGGCCGAGGCUCUGUCUCACUAUCACUCUGCAGUGGAAAAUGACCCCAAAAACUACCUUACCUACUACAAGCGUGCAACCAUCUAUUUGGCCAUGGGCAAGUUCAAAUCAGCGUUGCCGGACCUCUCUAAAGCGAUUGAGCUCAAACCGGAUUUCCUGGCCGCCAGACUGCAACGAGGCAACAUCCUUCUGAAACAAGGAAACACACAGGAGGCCAAGUUAGACUUCGAAGCUGUGCUCCAGAGUAGUCCAGACAACACAGAGGCCCGAAGCCAGCUCACACGGGUCACUGAGCUAGAAUUGUCUAUGCAAGAAGCUCGGACUGCCUUUCAGAGGAAGAACUACAUGGGAGCAGUCGGUAUUCUGGAUCGAGCAAUUGAGAUUUCCCCAUGGGACCCAGAAGCGAAAGAGCUGCGUUCUGAGUGCUACUUGUACCUUGGCAACUAUGAGAAGGCUAUCAUGGACCUCAAACCCACCACCAAGUUGCGCAACGACAACAGGGCAGCUUUCCUCAAGCUAAGCAAGCUGUAUUACAACUUGGGGGAUCACGAGGAGUCCUUAAACCAAGUACGAGAAUGUCUCAAGUUGGACCAGGAUGACAAGAACUGUUUCUCCCACUACAAGCAAGUAAAGAAGCUUUCCAAGCAGCUGGAAACAGCUGAAGAACAUGUAAAAGCUCACAGGUAUGAAGAUGCCAUUGAGAAGUAUAAAGCAGCCAUGAAAACAGAGCCCAACGUGGAGAUCUACACCUCCAAGGCCAAAGGACGCAUCUGCCACUGUUUAUCCAAGAACAAACAGCCUCUUGAAGCUAUAGACAUCUGCACAGAAGCUCACCAGCUUGACCCCAGAAAUGUCUUCAUCCUGCGUGACAGAGCUGAAGCCUACAUCCUGAAUGAGGAGUUUGAGAAAGCUGUUGAAGACUAUCAAGAAGCCAAAGAGUUUGAUAGUGAUAUUGAGGAACUGAAGGAAGGACUGGAGAGAGCACAGAAGUUGCUGAAGCAAUCUAAGAAACGAGACUAUUACAAAAUCCUUGGGAUCCGGAGGUAA